AUGGCCGUCAGUGGUGCGAAGUGGAUGGAUCAGUCUUAUUAUGAAUCCGUACCUAGCUCAGAAGUGAACUGGGCACAGUUGGCGCAACACUGGAUGGCGAUGCGAGAUGCGGGAGAGGUGUCCAAUGAUAGUGCAUUUCUGCCACCACCACCUCCUCCUCUAAAGAAUCCUGCUCAUCAUGUUCCUCCUCCUCCUCAUGAUGCAAACUUCAUUCCUCCUGCACCAUAUUUUCCACCACUUCCUAUCGAUGGGCCACCACCGCCCUCCUUCCCUCCACCAGGCCAUCCGCCGCCACCCGGAUGGUUACCCCCUCCUCCGCCUCCUGCUGAGAGUAAUUUUGGAUCAUCACCAGUGGCAGCCCCGUAUCCACCAUUUGUACCUCCUGUGCCUCCUUGGGCAGCCGAAGAAAGCGCAACUGUUAAAAGAGGUGGAAGAGCGAUGCGUUUGAAUACACAUCAUCCAGCGGGAUCGGCGCCGAACCAUCCGCCCUAUGGUGGCGGUAUACCAUCUCGCGUUGUUGCUGAGGCUGAGCACGACAAAGAUGACGGUGGUGAAUAUUCUCAUUACUACAAGGAAUGGGACAGCGGUAAGCAAAAGGCGGAUCUAAAUGAAGGAAGCAGCAAGGAAAGUGAUGAAAUCGAAGAAAGGGACGGAGUGCCUCAAGGUGCUAUGGCUCAUUGGAUGGGCGCCGCGCAGUGGAAUAAUCGACAACCGUCAUGGUUUCGAAAUAGUGCAUCAACAGCUAGCACAACGCAUAACGCACAAAUGCCAUAUAUUGGUCCGGAUUCGGAUAGUAGUGAGGAUGAGGAGGAGACUAGUAAUGGUAAUGCUAAGAAUGAGUCAUCGUUUGCGAACAAUGGCGAACCGGUCUUCAAGAAAAUCAACGACAGUGAUGAUACUGAUGUGGAACCGGUGGAGGUGGAUCCACGCAGUGAGGAGGAGAAACGAGAAGAUGCGGUCGGUUUUCGAGGUGAGCAGUCAUCUCUAUUACAGUUAGCAUUGUUACGACGGUUGAUGACCGAAUUGUUGUUGGUGACUACGGACGGUGAGUUGGAACGUAUUUGCAAUGAACAGCUGGAGAAUGCUACGCGUAAAGCUGCUCAACCAAAGAUUCUCGUCAAAAGCUCGGCGCUCGCCGCUUUAUCUGCACUUGGCGCGGAAAGCGAUUCAGACGAGAGCGACGAUGUGCAUGAGGGUGGUACGACAAAGCGCAGUUCAGAGGUUGGAAGAGCCGGAGCAAGCGGUGAGCCAGUUGGAUCUAUUGCAGAAAAUGAAGCAGCUGAAAACGCGGUUGUUGACAGAAAGAGUAAGGCCAAAUUAAGUAGCGAUGAUGGGCGCAUCUCGCCACACCACUCUUUAUCAGCAGGCGAAAAAUCAACACGUCAAAGCGAACGUCGAAAUAAAGAUGAAACAUUGGCGAACAGUGCAAGAAGUGGUGGUGGUAGAUCGUUAGGGAAAGAAUGUGAAACGACUGCCCAACUCGGUACUGAUCUUCAAAGUGCUACGCAAUUAACGGCUGAUGAUGAAGACAGGCGAACGAAGUUCGAUAAUCAGCAUUAUCCAACAGACUCGGUGCUAAAGAUGAAACGAAAGAGGUCUUCAAAAGAGGGCAGGAAAGAUGCAAGUUCCCCUCAUGGACGCUCCAGCAGCAAGAGAUCUCGAAGCAAAAGCAAAGACCGUGCGAGAAGGAAAGCUCGAUCACGGAGCAACGAACGUAAAAGACGGUCAAGAAGGAAAUCGUCGAAUACUUCCAGAUCAUCGUCGAAGUCAAGUUCGAAUGCUGCAAGCAGUGAUGAAGAAAGUGAGGAUGAGUCAAGAUCUCGAACACCUGAACGAUAUCGCCGAAGAUCACGAAGUAGUAGCGAUGGUGGUCGUAAGAAACAUCGCCGCAGUCCACAUUCUCGUUCGCAUUUAUCUCAUGCAUCUUCGCACAGGAGACAUGAGAAGAGAUCACGUCCAAGAAGCAGAGAACGGCGUCGAUCGCGGAGCAGAAGUCAGUCUCGUCGUGAUACCCGUUCCAAACGCUCUCGGUCUUAA